AUGACUUCUCCUACUAAAGAAGAAAGCAAUCCAGCUGACAAUGCUCUAAAAAAUCCAGAAAAUGAGGCUCCAAAUGACUGUAGUACAGAUAUACAGCCUUUAUUUGCUGAUUCUAAUAUAAUUUCUCAGAUGGAAAGCAACUCAAUGAACAGGGAGCUAGACACACCAACCUCCCAGGAGCAUGCUGUUCCUCAAGCACCGGAAAACAAUGAGCUUGAAAUAGAGGAGACUCAAAAAGAUCCUCAAAAAGAAGAUUUAAGGAAAGAAGAGUGCCUUCUAAUUCAGAUCCCCAUUCCUAGAAAAUGGGUCUUUCACAAUCCCUUAACUAAUAGAGCAAGAUCCUCCUCAGGAAAAGUGGAGAUGAAAUCAAGUAAUUUCUGUCAUAGCACCAUAAAUUACAAAAUUCAUCUCCAACUCUCAACUUCAUGGAGAAUCCCAUUCAUUAACAAUCAUGACAUAGAAAGAAUGACUCUCCAUCUGCUGUAUGGGAGACAUUUCUUUCAGGGUGCAGGUCAUCAAAAUACCAUGUGGGUAAAGCAAAAAUAUAUAGCAUUUCUUCCUCAUCAAAAUGUCCUCACCCAUAAGGAGGAGGUAUUAAUAUUUAGAAGACCUUUGAAGGUGUGCUACUACCAUCCCCUCAUUGAGAGAAUGACAUCAGGAAAAUUUUACAAAUCAAUUGAUACUAAAGGGAAGGAUGAAUUCCACAUUUUUGUGAGGCCUGUGUUCUGUGGCCUAUGGACCCAAAUUCAAAACACAUUUAAUAGAAAAGCUUUUGAGGCUCAUUUGAGAUCUCACCAUAAUAGGAUAUUUGUGAUCACAAGCACCACAAAGGGUUGGAAAUACCUAUGUCCUAUUUGUGGGAGUAGUUUCAACAAUUUGGUUGAAUUUAGAGAGCAUUUCUGUAAAUUUCCUGGGAAUUAA